UUAAAGAUAUUCAGUUGUUAGUUAUCGAUGUUAUUUUGAAUGUUUAGUUGGGGUUUGGUGUGAAUUCAGAGUUACUGAUCCAUAACGAUAUAUUUUCAAAAUCAUCAGUGGAUAAUGAAUCUUGGGUAUUUUCUCCUGAUUUCUGUGGGUGCAUGGGAAGUGAUGACGGUUGAAUCUAAAUUAUACACUAAGUGUGGACUCGCUCAUGAACUUGUGAGAUGUGGAUUCAAUAAGUCGUAUGUAGGAAAUUGGGUUUGUCUGAUAGAAAGUGAAAGUGGAAGAGAUACUUCAAAACAAACCAAUAAAGCCAAUGGCGGAAAAGGACUCGGACUAUUUCAAAUAAACAGUAAGGAAUGGUGCCAAUUCGGAAGAGCUGGUGGUAAAUGCAAUGCAAAAUGUGAAGAUUUCCUUGAUGAAGAUAUUGCCAAAGAUGCAGCCUGUGCUAAGAAGAUUCAAGCAGAAUUAGGUUUCCGUUAUUGGGAAGGUUGGAACAGAAGUUGCUAUGGUCGAAGUUAUCCUUCAACUAUAGUUAAUGCAUGCUUCCCUCCACAAUCUGGAUGAAAAUGGAAUUCAGGAUGAUAUCUGGAGAAAAAAUUGAUAUUAUAUCUUUAUCUUGUUACAGUUUCAGUAACUACAUCGAGUAGUAUUUAAUGGAAUUUCAAAAUAUGUGUUUCAUU